AUGUUGAGAGCAGCAAGACUAUUACGUCCCUCUUUGAUAUCCCGUGUAGGAUUACGUCCUUUUUCGAUUGCCCGUCCAGUUUUAAACGAGGACGAAGAAGGUAAGCAAGGUUUCAUCAAAUCCGUCUUGUACGGUAAGGAGGCUGAUGGCGGUGUCACCAUUCCUGGCGAUAAUACCACACACUCAAAGAAGCUGGCCCGUGGUAAGUACGUUCAUGAAAUGCAAACCCAUCGAGUCAAGCCAGAAAAGGUGGAAGAAUAUAUUCAACUCUUAUCGACACAUUACCCUCGUAUCGCCAAUGAUCCUCAGAAUAACGUGCAUUUGUGUGGUAGUUGGGAAAUGAUUGUAGGAGAAUUGGACACCUUUGUUCAUAUCUGGGAGUAUAAGGGCUAUCCCGGUCAUAAAGAUACAAUGGAGAAAUUAGCUCAGGACCCAACAUAUGCUCAAUUCCUUAAAGAUUUAAGACCUUUAUUGAUUUCUCGUGAAAAUAACAUGAUGCUCGAGUUCUCUUUCUGGAAGACAGCUCCACCUCAAACCACCCAUGGUAUUUACGAACUUCGUAAAUACAACUUGAAGCCCGGUAACUUGCUUGAAUGGGAAUAUUAUUGGCGAAAGGGUUUAGAAUGUCGCAGUCAGUUCUGUGAACCCGUCGGAGCUUGGUUCAGUCAAUUGGGAAAUUUGCAUACAGUUCAGCAUAUGUGGACCUAUCCUGAUUUGCAAGCAAGAAAGACCACGAGAGAGGAUGCCUGGAAGGUAGAUGGUUGGUCGGAUACAGUCUACAAGACAGUUCGUUUAGUGGAUAGUAUGCAUUCUUAUAUCUUGAAGCCAUUAGACUAUAGUCCAUUGAAAUAGACCUGUUUGUUGUUGUUUAUUAUUAAAAAAAGAGAGAGAGAGAGAAAUCAUUACAUUGAGUGAGCAUUCGGAUAAUAUGAUAUUUACAGUAAAGAGAGAAUGUACAAGGAGGUUGGGUGAAAAAGGAUGUGUGAGUGUGAGUGUGUGUGUGUGUGUGUGGGGAAUAAGGUGUAUCAGUGAGCAAUCAUGUUGCGAUAGGUGUUUGCAUUACCACUUGCUUCCCGACUACGAGUGAUUCGACCUUCACCUUCAAUCAUGGCUUCUUCAUACAAGGCUCUAUUUCUUGAUCCAAACCUUCUUUGAAAUUGUAUGAGUUUUCUGGUCAAAAUAUCCAUAAUUUCCAUCGAAGUCUGAUUCUCAUGCUUGGUCUCUUCCAACGGAAGCGUACUGGCACUACUUAGCGAAUCAUUAUCAUCGUC